AUGUCGCUCGACCCGCCGACGUACCUGGCCUCUCUCCAGAGCAACAUCCGCCAGCGACCUAUCCCAUGGGACGGCGCCGUCAGGGCAGGCACCCUCACCGAGGAGCAGUAUGCCAAGAUUCGCGCUGUCGACAAGGCAAAGAAGCCUGAGCAGCGAAAGGAGAUUGUCUCGGGGGAUAUCGAUGGAUACCGCGUCUUGUUUGUUGGCGAUUCGGGAAAGACCAGUGUUCUCGAGACGGCAGGAAAGCAUGCCAACGUGAGCCAGUACAUCCUCGUUUUGCUAGGCGAUCUGCUUGAGGCUGUUCCGUCCCUAGCCAAAGCCCUAUUCAAAACUAAGGAGCCUUAUCGACAUUUUUUGCCUCUGCUCAACUCCACCAACCCUGAGGACCCUAUUCCAUUGCUUACUGCCCACGCCCUGACCACCCUCAUGGCUCUCGCUCGAGAUGAGUCCCAAGCGACACUCCAGGCUCUGCCCGUGGUGCUCUCUUACCUUUCUGGCUUGGCCAAGAGCUCCGAUGCCGGUCUGCAGGAUAUCGCCGUGCAGGAGUAUUCAUCCCUCCUCCUGGGUCAUGUGUCAAGGGUGCAGUUCUGGAACCAGCGAAGCGAGACGAUUGAGCCCCUCAUCAAGAUCCUCCAGACGGCAGCUGGCAUUGGCAACGGGGGCAACUCAUCUGCCAGUCUCUGGAGCGGCAACACGAGCACUCGUUCCACCGGCUUCGAGGGUUCGUUGGGCGGCGGAGUUGGCCUGCAGCUCCUCUACCAUGCUCUCCUUGUCAUCUGGCAGAUAAGCUUCGAGGCCGAGGACAUUGGCGACGACCUCAACGAUGAAUACGACAUUGUUCUGCUUUACACUCAGCUUCUGCGACUGUCUCCCAAGGAAAAGACAACCCGACUAAUCUUGUCCACACUCUACAACCUCCUCGAGAAGAACCAAAAGUCUCUGCUCCCUACCGCUGUUCUCGCUCGUCUCCCUGCUCUCCUGGACAACAUUGGUAGCCGCCAUCUGACCGACCCUGACUUGCUGGAGGACCUCUCAAGCCUCAAGGAAAUGCUGGAGGAGUACACCAAGACCAAGACCACAUUUGACGAAUAUGUGGCCGAGGUGCAGGCUGGCCACCUCCGAUGGUCGCCACCUCACCGAAGCACAGUCUUUUGGGCUGAAAAUGCCCGCAAGAUCCUCGAGUAUGAGAAUGGAGAGAUCCCUCGGAAGCUGGCCGAGAUUAUGCGACAGCCAUGGGAGAACGAUAAGCAGGUGCUCGCCAUCGCCUGUAACGACGUUGGGUGCCUGGUGAAGGAGGUUCCUGAGAAGCGAUACCAACUGGAGAGGGUGGGACUCAAGAGACGGAUUAUGGAGCUCAUGCAGUCGGAUGACGAGAACGUGCGAUGGGAAAGUCUUCAGGCACUGGGAUGUUGGCUGAAGUAUAGUUUUGAGCAGCAAUAA